AUGUCUGCAGUUGGAAAGAUUAUCGGCGCACUCGUACAUGGAAGUCAGGAGGCGACCAUAGCUCUAGCGAAUCUGAAUUUCGAUUUCUCACUUGUCAAACUGGACGCACCAGUCGAAUUCCGCGGACUAGGCGCAGCUCUUACAACGAAAAGGAGAGAAGUUGCCGAAGAUGGAUCCAGCCAUAUCACGGCCCGUAAGCUUGGCGCGCUGUUCAAAGAUAUUCUCCCUCCAACGCCGAUACUUAUCCGGCAAUACGGCACACGCGCAUCCGAGAUUGCAGAGAAUCGCGCCGUGAAUCCUCCUGCUUCUCCAUCCGAUGGGAUCUUCGCCGAACACAUCGGCAUUGAUGGAACCAGCAUCUGGGCUGCUGCAACAUCUGGCGAAGGCGCUAUCGCCGUGCAUCUGCUGGCUUGCAUGCUUGCACGCAUGUUCCCGGCUCCUGAGGCGAUUUCCAUCUGGUAUGAGCUUGUAGAGAACAGGAAAAGCGAAAUCCUCGCUUCAGCCGAUAACGAACCCUUGCACUUUGCUACACUUGCCGCCGCGAAAGUCAGCCUGUCGCGAGAUCAGUUGGCAGAAUGGGACAUCAGUGCUCGAUCCUGGCUACGAACCGCGGAUGAAGCGAAGCGAGCCCAGCAGAAACAGUUGAUGCUUAUUGUCAGAAACAUCAAUAUCCCUGUCCAUUCAGGUGAUAAAGGCACAUAUGACAGUGUGAUUGGUGCCUGGAAGACUGCACUGACGCUUAUGGAGCGGCUUCUUCAGGGGGAACCUCAGAGUGUGCAGGGUGGUGAUCUGCUUCUAGGUCUUGCGAGCUGGCACAUUUAUCCCAAUCUUUGGAUUUUUGGAGACCGCAAAAUUCGCCAGAACGACCCACUCGUUCCCGAAGCUGGUGUCCUAUCGAUCGGCGUUGAGGGUUCCCCAGCUCAGGAUGAAACCGGCCCUGUUUGGUCUCUGCCGCUUUCACACUUUCGAUAUUAUGGCGGACCGUACACAGCUACACGCUUCAUGUGUGAUGAUUCGGAGCGAUUGAGCCUGGACGAAUUUUUGCUGGUUUCUUUAGGCUCCCUGUUGGGAUCUUGGGAUGAAGACAUCUUCGGCCUGAAUCAUAUACCAACAUUCCUUGGCAAUACGGGUCAUACUGAAGACAAAUUGGAGUUCAUGCGCCGGGUGGCUCUCGGGUUGGCGGUAGCCGAGCAGAUCGAUCCUGAAGUUAUGUGUAUAGUGUAUCGUUUCAAAGGGAUCAACCAUGGUCCAGUUGGACGGAGAGGAAGCAAAGCCCCUCGAAGUUCUCACUUCGUGUACACCACCGUCGUUGCGCAACAGAAAGACUCGUUGAAACGGAACUCAGCCGGACACCCGGUCUCGCGCGAGAGACAUGCGCGCUGGAUAUACUAUUCGAAUGAAGAGCAGAAACGUCUUGGUGAAGAAUAUUUCGCGGGUCUCAAGGAAAGUCUACCUGGUGUCAGAGGAGGAAUGGCCCCCGAUGAUCUCAGCUUGCAAUUCGCAGAGUUUCUGGAGGACCAUUCAGCUCGAACUCUAGCGUCCUCCUCAUAUAUCUCCGCAUCUAGGCCGGAAUGGAAACAUCCAGGAUUUCCCAUAGACCUGGGAGGUUCUGGCCUAAUCUCACCUGAAAAUGAGCUGAGCUUCGAGCCCGAAGCCUACGGAUUCCCGGAAUCGGACAUCCUCGAACCCAUGACUGACUACGUUGACCACGAAAUCGAACUCCAGCCUUACGACUUCACUUUUGUUGCCGGUAUACACGGCGACUGCGGCAUCUAUGUUAAUCCAAACUUCAACCGGUUUCCCGACCACCAAACUGAUGUCGAUGUAGCGGCAUUAGACGAUGUGGAAUGGGCACUUUCCAACCAUGUUUUCCCCCUAGAAUCUUUGGUCGAUUCCUUUGCGUUUGUGGAAACAUAUUCUGAUCUCGCCAACUCAACGAUCGCGCUGAAGGCUAUCUAUCGGCCUCUAUACGACCUCAAGUGGGCUAAGACAUACCAAUCGAGUGUCACCAGCAACGUAGACGCCGAUAGAGACCUCAAAGGUAGUAUCAUUCCCUUUUCACUCAGCAGGGAGCUACGAUUCGCGUUGCUGGUGUAUAUGGAAACCGGGCAGGCCGAUGUUGACCCGCCAACCUUCGAUCGGGUGGUGGCCGUAUGUUCUGGAGACUCCAUAUUUGUUUCUGCCCCUAUUCUUCUGGACCCUUUCGAGAGUGCCACCAGUAUAGCCUUGUUGACGACGCCAGACGAUCCGCUGGUGAAGAGCUCCCAUGACGCAGACUGGAAAGUGAUUGGACACGAACCAUUCGAUGGCGAGCUAUUGGAUUCCUUCCAUGGCACUUCACUGCAACUUGGUUUCACCAACUUCAAGUUACCGAUUGACACCGGCAAUCUUGGCGCUUAUGACAUGGACCUCGUAUUCAUGGAGGCCAUAAUUCGUGUCAAUGAUCACAGUGGGACUUGGAUCGGUGACCUCAACAUCUUGAAGGCGAUGAAGAAGUGGACCUGCGUUGAUUUGCCAUUUGAUUGCCACCAUACGGGUGAUGAUCGCGACGUCAGUAACUUUCCAUAUGCAACCGCUAUUGACAAUUGGGAUGAGUUUUUGGACGAGCCAGACGGGGCUAUGGUUUCGGUGGGCAGCAGGGGGAAAGACGGGUUGUGA